GCCUUCAUCUUCCUUGUCAUCUCACCAUUCCAAAUUCAUUCAACUAAACAAAAACCAUAACUCAUUACAAUUAAACACAAUUUACAUUCAUUUUAAUUUAUUGGUUGAUCAAAAAUGCCGAUGCGAUCAACAGGUGGAUUAAAACAAGAGUGGGAACCAGUCGUGUUGCACAAGCCAAAGACAAAGGCACAAGACCUGAGGGAUCCCAAGGCAGUUAACCAGGCAUUGCGAACUGGAGCACAGGUUCAAACAGUGAAGAAAUUUGAUGCCGGUUUAAAUAAGAAGGCGGCUGCUGCUGCCGUUAACGCUAGGAAGCUAGAUGAGGCAGCGGAACCGGCAGCGUUGGAGAAAGUACCGGUGGAUGUGAGGCAAGCGAUACAUAAAGCAAGGAUUGAGAAGAAGAUGAGCCAAGCUGAUUUAGCGAAGCAGAUUAAUGAACGGACACAGGUUGUUGCGGAGUAUGAGAAUGGUAAAGCGGUUCCUAAUCAACUUGUGUUGGGGAAAAUGGAGAAAGUGCUUGGGGUUAAACUUAGAGGUAAAAAUCACAAGUGAAAAGUGUGCCUCUCUGUGAGGAGAAAGAUUUAUAGUUGUAUUCUUGUGUUAUAUAUUCUGGAUUCUCCUUGUGAGAUGUAAGGAUUUCGGUGCUAUAGCUAUGUAAAAAGCUAGUUGUAUGUGUUCAUAAUGUCCGUGUUUUUGUUCUUUAA